AUUUCACCAGCAGGUGGCGGUAAUGAAAUUAGAAUUGUUGCACAUUGUGUAACACAAGCCGAGGAAAAUAGACCGGUGGAUUCAUAUCAGGUUAAAAAAAAUGAAGACUCUGAUUGUGUUUGAUUUUGACCACACAAUGGUUGAUGACAACAGUGAUACCUGGGUGGUCAGGUGUCUUCCAGGUCAAACUCUUCCUGACUCUGUGAAGAAUUCCUACAGAAAAGGCCAGUGGACUGAAUUCAUGGGAAGAGUAAUGACCUACAUAGGAGACCUGGAGAUCAGCCCCGACAGGAUUCGACAUGUGAUGGAGACCAUCCCCUUCACAGCUGGAAUGACAGACUUGCUGACAUUCAUAUCAGAGAAUAAAAGCACCAUUGAUUGCAUAGUCAUCUCUGACUCCAACACCAUGUUUAUAGACUGGAUCCUUUGUGCUGCUGGACUCCGAGUGGCUGUUGACCAGGUUUUCACCAACCCAGCUAAGUUCAAUGAGCACGGGUACAUGGAGGUACAGUGCUACCACUCUCAUGACUGUGAUCAAUGCCCUGUCAACCUUUGUAAGAAAAAGGUCCUGGAGCUUUACCUGUCAAAACAGUCUGACGCAGAUGUAGAGUAUGAGCAAAUAUUUUAUGUGGGAGAUGGUGGGAAUGAUCUCUGCCCUACUACCUGUCUGAGAGGGCAUGAUGUCGUGAUGCCCAGGAAGGGAUACACCCUGGAGAAACUGCUGGCCAAAGUGCAAGGUCAGGAAGAUAGCACUUCUUUGAGAGCUAGAGUUGUUGUCUGGAGCAGCGGCACUGACAUCCUCCAUGAACUUAAAGCAGCUAUGCAGUCAUAGCCAGGGCCCAUGGAAAACAAUACUUGACUGAGUGCACAAAUGUAACUGACGUAUUGCACUUGUGUGUUGGUGCUCCCAAGACAAUAUAAUUUUGUCAAGUUUUUAUGAUAAAAUUGCUUCUAUUUAGUUAAAAUGCUUGAAAAUUGAUAAUUUGUCUCUAGGAAAUUUUAACUUCACCUUUGAAAACAGUGACCUCAGUCUCAAAUGAGGUUUGACUCAGGCAUAAUGAAGGAUUUGUCUUUUAUUCAGAGGUGGAGGAGGGGAAUGUAGGCAUCUGUGCCCAUUUAUAAUACAAAUGCAAAAACAAUGUGUGUGAAGCUUUUGCAGAACAUGAAAACACUAUAAAACAUAAAAAAGCAUUGAUUCAUAUAUAACUGCUAUAUACUGAAUUGGAGUAGGCUUUUUUCACAGUAGACAUUUUGACUAGUCAGAGCAGGAACACACAGGUUUUACUAAUAACUUGAAUAAUUGCUCUGUUCAGUACAAGCGUUCCAGCAAAGCGUGCCAGUCAGUUAGCAUGCACAUUACCAGAACCCUGAAACUGAAGGAGCUCAAUGAAAGUCAGCCAUCAUUCAUUUCUUUGUGUCUUUUUCUACUGUGACAUGACAAACUGUUUUCUGUGAAGACACUUUCCUAAGUUUAUUAUAAUAUAACUAAUAAAUAUAUUUUUGAUCAAGGCUGUAGCCACCAUCUAUACAAACUUACCUCAGCUCCCCUACAAGCUAAAUAAGAUUAUAGAAAUUCAGCAGUAUUUUCACAUGAAACAUUUCUGUAAUUCCUAGAUAUUGCUAUCUAGUGUAUCUGGCCAAAUAAGUUGUUCACACUAUGUCAGAGUUGUUUAUU